AUUUGCAAGUUGUAGCAGAGUCAUUUGAUUUAAGCACCAAUUAACAACAGAACACAACAUCAGCAUCAACAACUGAUUACAUGCCCAUUCAGUCCUACCGCAACGUAGCCCACUUUCCACUGGGACCAACUGCGGCGUGUAACACAAACAUUCCAUCAGAGAGUCGCAUAUAAUUCAUUCAGCGAGCCCAUCAAAUCGAAUUGCAGCAGUGACCCGGCACGCCCGGCGCUCGGGACCUCUAUAAAAGCACCAACUGUUUGGGCAAGGGUCAACAGUCAAGUGCGAAGCCGUCGAGCAUGCAUCUCCAGGAAUUGCUAUUGGUCGUCGCAGUGGUCCUGCCCCAAUGCCUGAGGGCGCUGCGCUAUAGCCAGGGCACCGGCGACGAGAAUUGCGAGACUCUCAAGUCCGAGAUUCAUCUCAUCAAGGAGGAGUUCGACGAGCUGGGCCGCAUGCAGCGCACCUGCAACGCCGACGUCAUAGUCAACAAGUGCGAGGGCCUCUGCAACAGUCAGGUGCAGCCCUCAGUGAUAACUCCAACGGGGUUUCUGAAAGAGUGCUACUGCUGCCGCGAAAGCUUUCUCAAGGAGAAGGUCAUCACGCUGACCCACUGCUACGACCCGGACGGCACCCGCCUCUCCUCCCCCGAGAUGGCCACCAUGGACAUUCGCCUGAGGGAGCCAACUGAAUGCAAAUGCUUCAAGUGCGGCGACUUUACGCGCUAAUUCCAAUCCAACAACAGCUCAAACCAAAUAAAGUUCCCCAUCUCACGAGCUUUCCCCAAAUAUUCAAUUGUUGUUUUUAU